UAAAGAAAAAAUAAUAACAGUAGGUGUGCAUACGUAUGGCUUGACCUUUCUGUAGAAAAUAGAGUCCAUCUGACAACUGCCGGCACGUCACGGACUUGGAUCACAAACAUCACACUCUCCUUAAGAUCGCUUCCAUUAAGAUUCGAAAACCAGAGUAAAAAUGCACUUGAGCGAGAAUGAAGGGAUAGAAGACAACACCUUCGUCGUCACCGGUGGUCAGGGUUUCCUCGGCUCGGCACUCUGUCUGGAUCUGGUGCGAAGAGGUGCUCGCCAGGUUCGAGCCUUUGACCUUCGAUCGACUUCUCCCUGGUCUCAACAACUCACUACUCGUGGAGUUGACUGCAUUCAAGGGGAUCUUACCUGCAAAAAAGAUGUUGAAAAAGCUGUACGCGGUGCCAAUUGUGUGUUUCACCUUGCUUCGUAUGGCAUGUCGGGGAAAGAAAUGCUCCAAUUUGGUCGUGUUGAUGAGGUGAAUAUCAAUGGAACCUGCCAUGUUUUGGAAGCUUGCAUUGAAUUUGGGAUCAAAAGGCUUGUUUAUGUCAGCACAUAUAAUGUUGUCUUUGGCGGAAAGGAGAUUGUGAAUGGCAAUGAAACCUUAUCUUACUUCCCUACUGAUGACCAUGUUGAUCCAUAUGGCCGGAGCAAAUCAAUUGCUGAACAGUUGGUUCUAAAGUACAAUGGCCGUCCUCUGAAGAAGAACAGUGGAGAACGUCUUUAUACAUGUGCUAUUCGUCCAGCUGCUAUCUAUGGGCCAGGUGAAGAGAGACACUUUCCGAGGAUUGUAUCCUUCGCAAAGUUGGGUAUGCUGCCUUUCAGAAUUGGUGGUUCAGAUGUGAAAACAGACUGGGUUUACUUGGAUAACCUUGUCCUUGCACUGAUAUUGGCAAGCAUGGGACUUUUGGAUGACAUUCAUGUGAAUGGAGGACGUCCAGUGGCUGCUGGGCAGCCAUACUUUAUAUCUGAUGGAUCUCCAAUCAACACUUUUGAAUUCCUACAACCCCUUCUCAGAAGCCUGGAUUAUGAUCUACCAAAGGCUUCUAUAUCAGUCCCUCGUGCUCUUAUUCUAGCAAGGAUUUUCUGGGGUAUCUAUACACUCUUGUAUCCAUGGUUGAAUCGAUGGUGGCUUCCUCAGCCAUUUAUUCUUCCUGCUGAAGUAUACAAGGUAGGAGUGACCCACUAUUUUUCAUAUCUCAAAGCUAAGCAGGAGCUUGGCUAUGUUCCAAUUGUGUCUCCUCGGGAAGGCAUGGCUGCAACUAUCACUUAUUGGCAGGAAAGGAAAAGGAAAACUUUGGAUGGACCUACCUUAUAUGCUUGGUUGUUCUGUAUGAUUGGAAUGGGUACAUUAUUCUGUGCUGCUUACCUACCAGAUAUAGGGCCAGUGCCGCUCUUCAGAGCCGUCAGUCUGUUCUUCAUGCGGUCAAUGUGGGUGAUAAGGUCAGUAUUUCUUCUUGCUUCAGCAGCACAUAUUGGUGAGGCCAUAUAUGCAUGGCACCUAGCGAAAAGGGCGGAUCCAAGUAAUGCAAGAGGAUGGUUUUGGCAGACUUUUGCUCUUGGGAUGUUUUCUUUGCGUUUUCUUUUGAAGAGAGCCAAGAAGUAAAAUCCUAGCAUUCUCCGAGUUAUCCUAUUUUAUAUGUAACAUUGUAAAAUACUUAUGUUGUCCCCUUUCUCUCAAAUAAUGGAAAAGCAGGUAGGAACUAGUCCUUUUUUAAUGUGACGUUGACAUAGUUCCAUAGAAAUGAGACAACCAGCAAAUUUCGGAAUUUC